AUGUGCUUUCUCCCACAGACAGAAGUGUUUCCCUCCACGACGGAGCAGGUCGCCGUGACCUUGACCGUGACCUCUGGUCCGGGCUCUUCGGCUGGUAAUGGCUCAACCUUCCUGGACUCUGAGUUCCGCUACGUCCUCUUCCCUGUUGUCUACGGCAUCGUCUUCAUCAUCGGCCUCUUCGCCAACCUCUACGUGCUGUUUGUCCUGCGCUGCCUCCGCGCCGCCAAGACCAUGGGGGAAAUCCGCAUCUACAUGGUCAACCUGACCGUCGCCGAUCUCCUUUUCGUGAGCGCCCUUCCCUUCUGGAUCGGCUAUUACAGCCAGCGUGGUAACUGGGCCUACUCGGACUUCAUGUGCCGGCUGACCGGCUCGUUGUUCUUCAUCAACACGUACUGCUCCAUCUUCUUCCUCGGGGCCAUCAGCAUCAACCGAUACUGGGCGGUCACCCGGCCCCUGGACGCGGCCACCUCCGACCACCGACUGCGCGGGAUCGUCGUGAGCGUCGUCAUCUGGGUUUUGACCGUCGCGAUGGCCGUUCCGUAUCUGGUGUCUCCGGGGACCAACACGGCCGAGAACAACGUCACCCGUUGUUUUGAGGGGUACCAAAACCAAUCGGACAAAGAGAAGGAACAAGUGGCGAUAAUUCAUUUUGCGAUAAUCGUCGUGUUCAUGGGGAUCUUUUUUGUGGUCGUGGUGUGUAAUUUCCUCAUCGCGCGAGCGUUGCUCUAUCAAAGUCCUUCUCAGUCAGCAAUGGUCAAAGUGAGGAAGGCCCACAGGACCCCGUCUUCCUCCACUCAAAGGCCCGUGGGGGUGAAACGGAGAGCUCUGCCGAUGCUGUUCGCGGUGGUGGGCGUGUUCGUCGUGUGCUUCCUGCCUCACCACGUGGUUCAAGGCUUCUGGACCCUGGCGGUGUUGCAGAUCACGCAGGGCUGGGGCCACGUGGACUGGGAGCAGGAGACCCUUCAGGCUCUCAACGACGCACAUCAGAUCACUUUGCUGUUGAUGAGUCUCAACUGCAUUUUGGAUCCUGUCGUUUACUAUUUCGCCACACAGAAGUUCAGAGGGUUCAUCGUGGACCACAUUAAGAAGUUAUUGAGGAGAGAGGUAUGCUCACAGACGCUCACCUCACAGCUCUCCAUGGACAGCAGGAAUCAGAGCCAGAGAAACCAUUGUGAGGACCAGCAGCCCGAAACACAUUGAUUUAAACAGAUGGAAUACUUGUACAUAGGUGUAGAUAUGUGUUACGCUCAUGUUGCCCCCGUUUUAAGAGACACAAAAUAUAUUCUUGCAGCUCCAAAUCAGUCAAUAGUUUCAGUUUUUAGUGUCACCCUCAGAAUUUGUGUUCUUCUAUCUCCGCACACUAAAGUAGGUGUUAGCUGUGGUCUGACGUGCACCAGUCCGCCUGCUCUUCCUGUGUGAAGUACAAAGUUCAAAAGCAGAAGUUUUGCAAGCAGAAGUACAUCAGAAUAUCCAUUAUGACUCAGGAAAUUCUGGGAAAGAGAACUGAUAAAGCAGCAGACACAAAAUUUAAAUCCUCCAACAGGUGAUGUUCGAGCGGGACAAUGAAACAGUAGAGAAGUUAAGGAUAAUAUCCAUCUCUGUUUGGGUGUUACGAGUGGAAAGUCUCACUAGAUUGCACAUAGACUUACACUUAGUAGGCGUAGUUGUCUUGCCGGACAUUUUAUCCGUAAAAUAUGUGAGAUUUUGGCUCAAAUCAGAUAAAUUCCAUGUUUUUUGGCUUUGCAAGUUACAUCUUAUUGUGUGAAACUGUGAAAAGGAAGUGAUAAUGCUUGAGCAUUUCCCCGCUAGCAUCCAGUAUUGUGACAUUGCGUAUUUGUCACAUGGUAAAAAUCCUAUGCCUCACUGUGACAACACUUGUUUUAUAUUCACUGUAAAUGUGUCACACCGUAUUAUUACUGCGACUUUACUUGCGGUUGCAAAACUGAUGUACGACGUGUUUUGUGUAUGGCACUUAAAUGUGUUUGUAAUGUAAUGUAAACUUUCGAAAGAAAACGUUUUUUAGUACCUCGUCAA